AUGGGGCCGGCUGGUUCCGUGUCUGUCGGGCCUCCUGGACCUCCAGGAGAAAAGGAAGCCAUAGGUCCAACUGGCCCUGUGUCUGUCGGGCCUCCUGGUCCUCCAGGAGAAAAGGAAGCCAUAGGUCCAGCUGGCCCUGUGUCUGUCGGGCCUCCUGGUCCUCCAGGAGAAAAGGGAGCCAUGGGGCCAGCUGGCCCUGUGUCUGUCGGACCUGCGGGCCCUCCAGGAGAAAAGGGAGCCAGGGGGCCCGCUUGUACUGGACCACCCGGGCCUCCUGGGGAGAGGGGGCUCAAAGGACCGAUCGGGCCACGAGGGUUGAUGGGUCCUCCCGGGCCACCAGGAAGCACAGUGUGCCCUGCUGGACUACCUAAACAUCAAACAUCUGGAUCAGAUGAUGGUAAGGCAUAA